UUCGCACUUAGUAAAUCUGUUGCUGUGUUGCAGAUAGCGCCACCGCGUUAUUUAUCGUCUGCUCUGCCAUUGAGGAGUUUUCUACGUGUUUUAAAUUGUCAUAACUCAAAGUGUGUCAACUUAACCACCCAGUGAUUGAUUUAGUUCGUGAAGUUUCGGUGACUAUUAAGCAUUCAUCAUGAAAUAUCCCACGCUACUUGUUUCAUGUAUCCUGAGGAUGGAGCCUAUUAACCUGAUGUUUUCUUUUAAAAGAAAAGCUGUUACUGCAUUGGGAGACCAUUUGAAAAGAACAAUAAAAAGCUACCGACAGUAUGCAAUGAGUGACGCGUCAGUUAUAGAAAUUGAAGUAUUAAGUCCUACAGUGUUAGGACUAAAAUUAAGAGUGGAUGAUCGUAACUUAACAUUUUUUGCUGGUCAAUGGGUUGAUGUAUUUAUACCAAAUAUUAGUCAAGUUGGAGGUUUCUCAAUGUGCUCACCACCUUCACUAAUGGAACAUUCACAGCAAAUUGACUUGGCUAUCAAGAAAUCUUCAUGGCCACCUGCUGAAUGGGUACACUCAAGGUGUAGAGCUGGCGACAAAGUACAAAUCCGAGUUGGAGGAGAUUUUUAUUAUGACCCCCCUUCAAACUCCCCAAUUCCGGAUCUAGUUUUCAUAGCUGGUGGAGUUGGUAUUAAUCCUUUGCUGUCAAUUAUGCUGCAACUCAAAACUCUCUUCCAGAUGAAAGGCAAUGAAGAUAAUUUACCAAAAAGGAUAACUCUCCUUCAAUGUGCAAAGCAGAAAGAAGAACUACUUUUUCAAGAAACUGUCUCAGAAUUGAAAAAUAUGUUACCGAAAUCAUUCGACUACCACUACUUUGUAACGCGUCCCACCGGUUCCAUAGAAAAAUAUGAAGAUACCAGGAAUUGUCAAUUCAGAGUGGGUCGGAUAAAUGAAGAGGACUUAGCAAUGGUCAUCAACAAAAGUCAAAUUGAUAAUCUUAUCUGUUUUAUAUGCGGUCCUCCUCCCAUGACCGAUCACUUCUGUUCCAAGCUGAGAAAUAUGGGCGUAUUACCUAGUCAAAUCAAAUAUGAAAAAUGGUGGUGAAUAAAAGGAUACACACCAUUUUACAUUUGAUUGAUAGUUAAGUUAAUGUCAUUAUUUUUUAAAUGAUUGUACUGUAUAGCCAAAUAAACAGAUUCAAGUUUCAA